AUGGCAUCCGAAUCGGAAUCGGCAUUUGCCUAUCACGAACCAUCAAUCAAAACAGUCCUCAACUACACCGGAUUUCUUUUGACCCUGAACAUAGCCAACACCUGCCUGGACAGACUCCUCUACUGUGGGUUAAUCGGCCAACUCUUCAUCGGUGUCUUGUGGGGCACCCCCGGGGCACAAUGGUUUGAUCAAGAGACAGAACGAGUGGUCCAGCAGAUUGGGUAUUUAGGCCUGAUACUCUUGAUCUAUGAAGGCGGUCUGUCAACUUCAACCAAGUCCUUGAAGGCAAACAUCCUUCUUUCGACAGCCGUUGCUAUCACUGGAAUCUGUGUCCCAAUGGGGUUGUCAUUCAUUCUCAAGGAACUUCUAUCGGCGACUUUUCUUCAGUCCUUCGCAGCUGGUGCAGCCCUGAGCGCAACUAGUCUCGGCACCACAUUUACCAUACUCUCAACCACCCAGCUAACAACUACAAGGCUCGGCAUAGUCACCACUAGUGCUGCAAUGCUAGACGAUGUGCUCGGUCUGGUCAUGGUUCAGAUUAUUUCUAAUCUUGGAAGUACCGACUCAUUCAGUGCUGUAAAUGUAAUUCGACCUGCUUUGGUUUCCAUUGGUUUCGCUGUUGGUCUUCUAUUGUUGUGUGCAUUCUGUCUACAUCCAGGAUUCAAGAAAUUGCUUGGCUGCAAAGACAAGUUCCCAGCUUCUGUGGGGACUGCACAAUUUGCUUUCCUUGCACAGACAUGUGUGUUAGUUGGGAUCGUGGCUGGUGCAACGUAUGCUGGAACUUCGAGUCUCUUUGCUGCCUACCUUGCUGGGGUGAUUGUCUCUUGGUUUGAUGGGCUAGUAGCUGAGACGAAAACAUCAAUUGCUGGCUCACAGUCUAGUGACUCUCAUGAGCAGACUCCCAACCACCAAGGAAGCACGCGGAAUAGCAAGAACUGGCGUACUGAAGAGACACACUCUCCACGUGUGCAAACCCAGGAAACAGAAAUAACCCAUGAUGAUAUACCUACGGGCGAACUCAUCUACAGCAAAUAUUAUAAAGCGCCGGUUAACCGACUUCUUCUCCCUUUUUUCUUUGCAUCCAUCGGAUUCGCAAUUCCCAUCACCAAAAUGUUCUCAGGCCAGGUUGUAUGGCGUGGGAUUAUCUACGCCAUGCUGAUGGCAAUUGGAAAAAUGAUCACAGGCCUGUGGCUCGUUCGAUUCUCUCCGAGCCCUGUGUCGGGGCUAGUCUCUACCAUUAAGAAACCGUUUACAUACGUUCAUUCCUACUGUGCGAAUCCUCAGCCCAUCAGCAGAAACUCGAACCAAAGCAAGAAAGCCCCACAAAGACUAGCAACUCAAGAUGACAGCGCAGAAAUCUCCUGCACUCACUUCUCGCCCCGGUUCCCGCAUUUCCCUCCCCCCAAACCCAAGUCCUUGUAUCCGCCUGCUAUACUGGGAUUGGCAAUGAUUGCCCGAGGCGAAGUGGGAUACCUCAUUGCUUCAAUUGCCGAAAGCAAGGGGAUGUUCUCUAAUGAAUCUUCCGAAGGACCGUCUGAGAUCUAUCUAGUGGUCAUCUGGGCAAUCUCGCUCUGUACAUUGAUCGGUCCGAUCUUGGUUGGGACUCUGGUCAGGCGUGUAAAGAAGCUGCAACAGUUAAAGGUAGAUAUGGGGGCUGAUCCUUUGGGGGCCUAUGGCAUUUAG